UUUUUAAUAUGGCCCCACCCCCAUGACAUUUACAAAACGACAAAGACAACUCUUCUUUGCAUAUACCACUCACAGAAAAAAAAAAAAAAAACAAACUAUUAUCUACUUCUUUAUAUGCUUGUUUUAUAUUAAAAACAUAAUUUAUAAAGUAAAUUGCACCUACUUUAUAAGCAAUAGAAACCAUGGAAUCUCUUCUCCUCCUCCAGGUACCCACACCUGUCAUAGCAGCAACCACCGUUGCCAUCGCAGUAUUCAUCUACUACUUAUGUUCAGUAUCAAGGAAAGAAGCCAAGAAUCUACCACCGGAAGCCGCCGGUGCAAGGCCUUUCAUGGGCCACCUCCAUAUCUUGAGACGCUCAAGACCAACCCACCUAACUCUCGCAGAUCUGGCGGACAAGACCGGCCCAAUUUUUACCAUCAGGUUAGGUGUCCAUCGGGUCUUAGUCGUCAGCGACUGGAAGAUCGCGAAAGAGUGUUUCACCACAAAUGAUAUGGCCUUCGCCAACCGUCCAAAAGCUCUGGCACCGGAAAUCCUGGGUUACAACUACGCUAUGUUUGGGUUCAGCCCAUACGGCCCAUACUGGCGCCAAGUCCGCAAGAUCGUCACCCUCGAACUCCUCUCCAAUCGCCGGGUGGAACUACUGAAACAAGUGCGAGAAUCCGAAGUGAAGGCUUCGAUUAAAGAGAUUUACGAGCUGUGGAGCAAAAGCGGAUCCGGCAAGGCUUCGGUGGAGAUGAAGAAAUGGUUCGGAGACAUAAUUUUGAACGUGGUUUUCCGCAUGGUGGUAGGGAAGCGAUACGUGGGUCCGACCAUAGAGGAAGAGAGCGAAGAAAACGAGCGUUGUCGUAAGGUGCUGCGAGAUUUUUUCACGCUGACUGGAUCGUUCUCGGCUUCAGAUGCGCUGCCGUAUUUGAGAAGGUUUGAUUUGGGAGGAAUGGAGAAGGCUAUGAAGAAGACUUUUAAAGAGCUUGAUAAGAUUCUUGAUGGAUGGUUAGAGGAGCAUAGGAAGAAGAAGGGAAACCAGGAUUUCAUGGAUGUUCUCAUAUCAAUUCUUGAUGAUGCAUCUGAUCUUCCCAGCUAUGAUGCUGAUACCAUCAUCAAGGCUACGUGUGUGGCAAUAAUGCUAGGAGCAAUGGAUACGACAACAGUGACAUUGACUUGGGCUUUGUCUUUAAUAAUCAACCACCCACAGGUUUUAGAAAAAGGCCAACAAGAAUUGGACACUAUAGUUGGUAGAGAAAGGCCAGUGGAAGAAUCAGACGUGAAGGAUUUGGUUUACCUCCAAGCUAUUACUAAGGAAGUAAUGCGAUUAUACCCCGCAGGCCCUCUCUCUGUACCCCAUGAGUCAUCUGAAGAUUGCACUCUGAGUGGUUACCAUAUCCCGGCCGGAACGCGACUGCUGGUCAAUCUUUCGAAGCUUCUUCGAGACCCGGAUGAAUGGUUGGAGCCUAACGAGUUUCGGCCGGAGAGAUUUCUGACCACACACAAGGAUUUUGAUGUCAGGGGUGCUAGUUUUGAGUACACUCCAUUUGGGACUGGGAGGAGAGUUUGCCCGGGAAUUUCUUUUGCACUUCAAGUUAUGCAUCUUACACUUGCGAAAUUGUUACAUGGGUUUGAAAUUUCAAGCCCAACUGGUGGCCCAGUUGACAUGGUUGAAGGAGUGGGCUUGACUAGCCUAAAAGCCCACCCACUUGAAGUCCAUUUUAGUCCACGCCACCCAGCCCACCUGUAUGAUUAAGUGUGAAUAUGCCUACGUUAGGGAUUUUUUUUUGUUUGUUGUUCUGUCGAAGAUGCUUGUGUGAAGUGUAUUCCAAGUUCCAACUUAUUGUGCUUGAUCUUUCUUCCACCUCUUUGAAUUCCUGUACGUAGGUGGAAUUCCUGUACGUACGUUCAAGAUUAAAAUUUCACAUGGAUUUGACAAUAAUCCAACCGACUUC